AUGGAAGCACCUCACGAUUCACGGCGCGAGGCCAGGAUCCUAACAAUGGCGCAAUCAGAUCAUGUCCUACCGCUGAUCGAAACCUUUCGAGAGGCUGGAUCUAGAUUUGUUCUAGUUACUCCAUUCAUACCAUACGACUUCGAUCAACUUCUCCAGGAUAAGAUGCUAUCAAAAGAACAGAUCAAGAGAUGCCUUAAAGACUUGUUCAGCGCACUUGUAUUCGUACACGCAAAGGGGAUCAUUCACAGAGACAUCAAACCCUCAAACAUACUGGUGAAGUCACUAGAUGGGCCCGCUUAUCUGUCAGACUUUGGUAUAUCGUGGGCCGAAGGUGUAACUGGUGCAGAACCAGCAGAUGCUAAGAUUACGGACGUUGGUACGACUUGCUACCGUCCUCCAGAACUGCUUUUCGGCAACAAGCAGUACGGCACUAGCUUGGAUCUAUGGGCUGCAGGCUGCACUGUCGCUGAAGCUUUGGCUCCUGAUCAUCCAACAUUGUUUGAUUCGGGAGAAUUGGGCAGUGACCUUGCUUUAGUGCAGAGUAUAUUCACAAAACUGGGCACACCAAACCUUACGGUAUGGCCGGAAGCGAAAACACUUCCAGACUGGGGAAAGAUGCAGUUCCAUGAGUACCCGGCUCAAACUUGGCCGUCAUUACUUCCUAAUACUUCGGAAGUCGAGCACAAUCUGGUCGCUGGGGUUGAUGGGAGCGCAUUGACCGGGGUCCUCAACCUUGAAGUGAAAGGAUACAAAACAAACCCCCCGCCGUCGCCCUUGAACAAACAGAAGAACAACCUCGACCUCGUGAGGUCUACGAAGGAGCUUACUCUGAGGCUGAGCCAGGAAGAAAGACCAAAUCCGAAGGUUGAGGAGGAAUUGGCCCGCAAUCUUCAGCAGAUGAAAAUUACCCUCCAAGGCACUCCUGAAGCAGAAACCAGCCCAGAAUCGGUGCACCAGCUGCUCUCACUGAUAGUACAAGAAGACAUAUUAUUCUUCCUUGCAAACAAUAUCCACAAAUUACCCUUCGAAUCCCGUAAAGACGCUCAAGUUAUUUUCUCGACCGCCUUUCGAUACAAGCCUGCAGGCGCUUCAGAUCCCCAAGUCCUUCACCACGUUAUAUCGUACCGUCCCGAAAUAAUUAUAGCACUAUGCAGGGGUUACGACAGGAGAGAAAGUGCCAUGCCUUGCGGUGGAGUAUUGCGGGAAGCUUUGAAAUAUGAUGCGAUCGCCGCACUAUUACUAUAUGAUGAGCCGACACCGGACGGGAAAACGAGGGACCUAGCGAGUGUAAAUCCGGACAUACCAUCUUCUGGGGAAGGAGUCUUCUGGAAGUUCUUUGACUGGAUAGAUAAGGCUGCAUUUGAGGUCAGCGCGGACGCAUUCAACACAUUCAGGGAUAUCCUGACGAAGCACAAAUCAUUAGUCGCCACAUAUCUUCAAACGAAUUUCGACAUGUUCUUUUCGAAAUACAACACCAUUCUUCUACAAUCCGACAGCUACGUAACAAAAAGGCAGUCUAUUAAACUCCUGGGCGAAAUCUUGCUCGACCGGGCGAACUACAGUGUUAUGACUGCAUACGUGGAUUCAGGGGAGCAUCUUAAGAUCAUCAUGAAGUUAUUACGGGAUGACAGGCGGAUGAUCAAUUACGAAGGCUUCCACGUGUUCAAAGUUUUUGUGGCAAAUCCAAAUAAGUCUGUCACUGUGCAGAGGAUUCUGAUCAGCAACCGGGACAAGCUUCUCCGGUUUCUGCCAACAUUCCUUGAGGACCGGACAGAGGAUGACCAGUUCAUUGAUGAGAAAAGCUUCCUCAUCCGGCAGAUCGAACAGUUACCAGCCGCCCCCGUUCCACCACCAGGUCUGGGUUAA